CUGCCGGGGAAACGAGAGUACUGACGGCGUACGGAACAGUGCCGGUGGACUAGAAACUCCCGCCAUUUCGACAAGGAAUUAACCUCUUGAUUGAUCCAGGUUACUUUUUCCCCCCCCGUAACACUUAGUAGCGCUGCUUUCUGAUAACAACAAUAGGAACAUGCAACGAGUUCAGCCGAGUCCAGGAGAGCAGGCCUAGUUUGUGAAGACUUGGUUGGACUGUACGAGCGCGCCAGACCUCCCGCUGAACUGAGCUCUGGCUGUUGCCGCGAGUUUGUAUCUCGGUGGUGGUUUGCAUCCUUUCACGCUCAUCUGGAGGAGGCUAAAAGUUUAACAACUACACUGAGAGACAAGCAACCUGUUUUUUGUUUGUUUGUUUUUCACCUCCAAGGCGUUAAACCAAGCAUGACACAGCUGCUGGAGCAGAGAAGACGGAUGCCAUGAAGCGGGAGGCGCUCUGUUAUUGUUUUGCAACGAGAUAGCAACCCCAGCUAGUUAGCUGCUAGCUGCUACACGUUGAGAGCCGGGCCUGCCGGCGGUAACGUGACACAGGAGACUCCGGCAUACAUGCUAAGGACAUAUUAUUGUAUAUUACUUUGAUAGUUUGUUGCCAGGUUUGAUUUUUUUGUUGCCAUCCGUGGAUUUUUUGUAAUGGCACCGCUUUUAGGCCGGAAACCGUACCCACUGGCUAAGCCGCUAGCCGAGCCACCAGGCCCGGGAGAGGAGGUGCACAUCAUCGAGCACACCAAGGAGGCCUUCAGGAACAAAGAAGAAUAUGAGGCACGCCUGCAGAGGUACAGUGAGCGCAUCUGGACGUGUAAGAGCACUGGAAGCAGCCAGCUCACACACAAAGAAGCAUGGGAGGAGGAACAAGAAGUCACCGAGCUGCUUCAGGAGGAGUAUCCACAGUGGUUUGAGAAACCGGUUCUGGAGAUGGUCCACCACAACACGGUGUCUUUAGACAAACUGGUUGAAAUGGCCUGGGUGGAAAUCCUCACCAAGUACGCUGUGGAUGAAGAGUGUGACUUCCUGGUUGGGAAGGACAAAAGUUUGCAAGUGAAGGUGGUGAAGAUCCAUCCUUUAGAAAACCCCGAGGGUGAGACAGCGGAGAAGAAGCUGGAAGGUGCCUGUGACUCUCCAUCCAGCGACAAGGAGAACGCCAGUCAGGAGAACCAGAGGAAGGAGCCUCCUCCCCGAGAGGAGGAGAACAGGAGGGAGAGCCUCAGUGACAGAGCACGACGCUCGCCAAGGAAACUUCCCACUGCCAUGAAGGAAGAGAAAAAGAGAUGGGUGAUGCCCAAAUUCCUUCCUCACAAGUACGACGUGAAGCUCAUUACUGAGGACAAGGUGAUCAGUGACGUCCCAGCAGACAGUCUUUUCAGAACGGAGCGCCCUCCAACCAAGGAGAUCAUGCGCUACUUCAUCAGACACUACGCUCUCAGGCUGGGAACAGGAGAGAGCGCUCCCUGGGUGGUUGAAGACGAUCUGGUGAAAAAAUUCAACCUGCCCAGCAAAUUCAGUGACUUUCUUCUCGAUCCCCACAAGUUCUUAGCAGAGAAUCCCUCCGCGAAGCGUAAGAGUUUGACAUCUCCAGACGGUAAACCGAGCAAGAAGCUCAAGACGUCUGACACGCCAGGAGAGGAUUCAGGAAAUGAGAAGGGAGAGAAGAAAAGGAAAAAGAAGACCGACUCUUUAGGCAUGCCUAUUAGUCCGACCAUUUGGGGCCACAUGCAGAAAAUAAAAAUGAACGGCUCGCCACUCAAAGUAAAGAACUCGGGAACUCCAAAGAAAGGAGAAGGCAAAGGCUCUUCUCCCUCCACCCCGAAAUCAAGCAGGAAGUCCGGAGACAAGAAAACUGGAAAGAACGUCCUCAAAGCGUCUAAAAAGGACGGUAAAGCUGGUGCCAAGACACCGAAGAUGAAGCAGAUGACUCUGCUGCAUCUGGCUAAGAGCACCCCUGCAGGGAGCCCGAAGAAGAGAGCCCGUAGUAGCAGCUUGGGUACUCCUAAACUGGGGAAGCCACUGCACCCCAUGGCCCUGCACCUCCUUCGUUACUAUAAAGAGAACAAGGGCAAAGAGGAUAAAAAGAACUCCCUUUCCUCCCUUAUCUCCAAGGCCGCAAAGACCUUGUCCCCAGAUGAUAGGGGCCGGCUGCCGGAGGAGCUCAAGGAGCUGGUGCAGAAACGCUGGGAGCUGCUGGAGCAGAAGAAGCGAUGGGCGGCCAUGAGCGAAGAGGAAAGACAGGAAGAGAUGAAGAAAAGGCGCGAGGAAGUCAAAGAGAAACUGCGAGAAAAGGCCAAGGAGAGACGCGAGAAGGAAAUGCUGGUUCGCCGCGAACAAUCACGCAGAUACGAAGACCAAGAGAUUGAAGGCGGCAAGACCUUGCCCACGUUCAAGCUUGUAGACAUGCCCGAGGGGUUGCCCAACACCCUGUUUGGGGAUGUGGCUAUGGUCGUGGACUUCCUUCAGUGCUACGCAGGGCUACUGAUGCCGGACGACCAGUAUCCGAUCACAGCAGGAGCUCUGAUGGAAGCACUGGCUGGAGAGCGAUCCGGCUUCCUCUACCUGAACAGAGUGCUGGUGGUGCUGCUCCAGACGCUGCUGCAGGACGAGCUGGCAGAAGGCUACAGCGAGCUCGACAUUCCUUUAUCUGAGAUCCCCCUUACCAUGCACUCUGUGUCCGAGCUGGCUCGGUUGUGCCUGCGACCGUGGGACGCUCACGGCGAGGAGAGUGGCCAGGGCUCAGAGGACUCAGGAGGUUUGGGAGGCUUUGACGACGUGGUGACCAGCGAGUUCUUGGAUAAGCUUGAGACAAUCGAGGUGUUUGAGCUGAGCCCCGAGGAGAAGGUCAACCUGCUGGUGGCACUAUGCCACCGCAUACUCAUGACGUACUCGGUCGAAGACCACGUUGACGCAAGGCAGCAGCGGUCAGCUGAGCUGUGGAAGGAGCGUCUGGCGAUGCUGAAAGAGGUCAACGACCGCAAGAGGGCUGAGAAGAAGAAGCAAAAGGAGAUGGAGGGCAAAGGUGAGAAAAAGAAAGAGAGCAGUGCUAAGAAGGAGCCCAAGAAAGAAGUCAAGGUGGAGCCGGAGCCAGAGGACAUGAUCAGCUCAGUGAAGAGCCGGCGGCUGAUGUCCAUGCAGGCCAAGAAGGAGAAGGAGGAGAUGGACAGACAGAACAAAGAGCGCAUGGAGAAAGAGGCUGAAGAGGAGCGGAUGCGUAAACAGAGAGCCGCCACGGAAAGAGCCUUUCAGGAUGGUAUCACCAAAGCCAGACUCGUCAUGCGCAGGACUCCACUGGGUACUGACAGAAGUCACAACAGGUACUGGCUUUUCUCUGACGUGGUUCCUGGUCUGUACGUUGAGAAAGGCUGGGUGCAUGAAAGCAUUGACUACAGCUUCACUCCUCCACCCGAGGACAAACCAGCCGAGCCUGAGGUGGAAGAGGAAGAGGACGGCGGGUCGGCCGCUACUCAAGAUUCACAAGAAACUGAAAAAGAUGCUGAAAAAGAUGAUGGCAGCAUCGAUGGUGCUAUUAGCGAGGGAGCCCAGCAGGGAGCAGCAACAGACGUCUGUAUAGAAACGACCGUUCCCAAGCAGGGACAGAACCUCUGGUUCAUAUGUGACAACACAGCCGAGUUGGAGGAACUAGUGGAAAGUCUUCAUCCUCAGGGGGUUCGAGAGAGCGAGCUGAAGGCGAAGAUACAAAGCAGAUACCAGGACAUCGUCCACUCCAUCCAUCUGACUCGUAAGGCAAAAAUGGGCCUCAGGACCUGUGAUGGAUAUGCAGAACUACUCAACUACCUGCGCAGUGACAUCCAGGAGGUGGCCUCACGACUCCAGAAAGGAGGCCUGGGAUACCUUGAUGACAACGUAGACCUCGAAGAACAGUUGAAAGACAUGGAGAGCUUGAAAGACUUUGGCGAGUGCAUCAUCACCAUUCAGGCCUGCGUAAUCAAAAAGUUCCUUCAGGGAUUCAUGGCGCCCAAACAGAAGAAGAAGAAAAAGCUCGGAGGGGAAGAAAGCAGCAAAGCUGAAGAGGUGGACGAGGAGAAAAGACUGGCAGAAGAGGCCAGGGUAGCGACAGCGGUAGAAAAGUGGAAGACUGCCAUCCGAGAGGCCCAGACCUUUUCCCGGAUGCACGUCCUGCUGGGAAUGCUGGACGCCUGCAUAAAGUGGGACAUGUCCGCUGAGAACGCUCGCUGCAAAGUGUGUCGCAGGAAAGUGCUCAAGCAGAGCUCAUCUGUGCUGAAGCUGAUGGACUUUAAGCCCAGAUCCAAACAGAGCAGCAGCAGCAGGUUCAGAGCACAACAGACUAGUAGUAUCAGGCAGGUCUACAUUCAGAACCAGCAGCAGCGCAGGCCAACAGGUGACGACGAGAAACUCAUCCUCUGUGAUGAGUGCAACAAGGCCUUCCACCUGUUCUGUCUGCGGCCCGUGUUGUACCGCAUUCCUGCCGGAGAGUGGCUGUGUCCGGCCUGCCAGCCCACUGUGGCCAGACGUGGCUCCCGCUCAAGGAACUACAACCAAGACACAGAUGAAGAAGAGGAUGAGGAGGAGUCUGAAGAGGAGGAGUCAGAGGAGGAGGAAGAGGAUGAAGAAGAGAAUGAAUACAAAGCCAUGGGGCACAGCUUGAGACCAAGGAAGAAAAAUAAGCAGUCCUCAUCUCGACAAAAAAGUUCAAAAAGUAAAUCCAAGAAGUCGUCUUCGAGUACUCAGAGCAAACAGAGGACCGGCCCCAACAGCCCCGCAGACAUCGAUGAACUGGUGCGACAGAGCUCCCAGUCAGGAGUGCGCAGGCAGGCGCUGGAGCUGGAGAGGUGCGAGGAGAUCCUCAAAAAACUGUCCAAGUUCCGCUACAGCUGGCCUUUCAGGGAGCCUGUGUCCCCGGAGGAGGCAGAGGACUACCUGGACAUCAUCUCCCAGCCCAUGGAUUUCCAGACAAUGCUGGGGAAGUUCAGCCAGGGCUCGUAUCGUCACGCCCAGGACUUCCUGGAAGACAUUAAACUCGUUUUCGCCAACGCAGAGGAGUACAACCAGCAGGGCAGCACCGUGCUCUCCUGCAUGGUCAAGACGGAACAGACAUUCACCGAGCUGCUCCAAAAGCUGCUGCCAGGCCUCAGCUACCUCCGCCGACGGUCACGCAAACGCGUCAGCCAAGCGCCCGCAACAUCCGAGGAUGAGGAAGAAGACGAGGAGGAGGAGGAGGAGGAGGAGGAGGAUGAUGAAGAAGAGCAGGAAGAGGAAGAGGAAGAAGAACCCAAGAAGAAAAUGCAGAACGGCAAAUCGAACAGGAAGAAAGCCAGAAACUCUCGGGGACGGAGGAACGAGAGGAGCGAGAGCGAGGAGGAAGACGAGGAGGAGGACGAGGAGGAUGAUGACGAUGGCAGGAGGAGGAGUAAGCGGACGUCUGCCACCUCAGGCAAGAAGGAUUACAGGGAGCAGGAUAGUGAUGGCGAGCGGGACACACGGAGAACUCGUCAGCGGCGGGGCCGGGACGACGCGAGCAGCGACGAGGACCGGUCCAGCCAACAGCGACAUUCCAAGAGACAGAAACGCUCAUGAAGUCCAGGGUGCUUUUUUUUUUUUCUUCUUUUGUUGUUUUGUCUUUGCUUUAAAAUUUCUGUCCCGCUCUUUUAAAAAUGAAAAAGAGCCCUCCAUCAUCUCCUCGACCAGCGGGACUUUAUCCUCAGAGGGACUUUUUUUGUGUUUAUUGAAUUUCUGUUCAUAUUUUGAAAAACAAAAAGAAAACUGAUUUAUAUUUGUAACAUGUUUAAUAUUGGUGAUGCUUUUUUUUUUUUUUUUUUUUUAAGACAUUUGAGAUAAUGGAGAGGUCCUCAAAGCUCUUAAGACUCUCUGAUUUCAAUCUCAGUUCCACGUCGACAACCUCACACACACACACACACACACACGUGUAAUUUGACUUGUUGUCCUGUGAACUGUUUUUAUAUUUGCGCUCCCCAAAACACCAGUACAGUGUAAUCACACAUAGUCCAGCCAUCACUUUACUGCGGGUGUUGUAGGAGACGUAAAUCUAGCUGUAAAAUGUUCGUCCCACUCACGUCUCUGUCACGAGUCAUUGUGUUUUCACUGACUAAAAGUACUUCUUGUUAAAGAGAUGGUGUCGAUGUAACUUUAAAAAAAAAAACAUAGGAAGGCUUUCCUUGUGCUAAUGGCUCAUUCUUGUCACCUGUAAAUCUCUUACUAAGCAUCUUGACACCAGGAUUACCUUUUGGUCAAAUGCAAGUCUAUAGAUAAACAUGGUAGGAUUUUACUAGUUGUAGUAUUGUUUUUUUUGUUUUAGUUUUUUCCCCUUUCAGCCCAGAUUUAACAGCAAAACCUGGGUGGGAACCACACAUGUAGUCACAUCACUUUUAGUGCUAAAAACAUGACUUUCACCUCAGCUCUUGGUGCCAAGAUGUUUUCAAAAAUAAAGGGACGCCGACUCGGGGUCUCAUUCAUGGCGUUGUAGAGCUGACCAGCCUGUCCUCCUCCUCCUCUGUAGUGCCCUGCCACUUUAAAACGAACCGGUACCUCAAUGCUCCGUCAGUUUGCACUCCUUCCUGUGUAAAAGUGCACCUAUUAUUAUGCCAGCAGCCGCAGGACCCUACUUUCUAAGAAAAAUAAAAUAAUUAAAAAAAUUACCUGCAUAAACAUUUGUAAACAGUGUUUAAAACGACAAAUGUGAUGUUUGUUAAGAAAAUGGGCAUUUUUUGAAUAUUUGAUAUUUUUUGCACAUUUUAUUUGGUAUUGUAAAUGAUAAACUUGUUAGUCGAUCUUAAUCAAAAAACAAUAAUUUGCAAAGGUUUAACCAGGGCUCGAUGCAGAGAACAUGUCAGAGUUAUUUUACCUUUUUAUCACAGUUGACUUGAACACGUGGGUGAACCAGCCCCUCAAAGGCAAAUGAAGGUUUCUCCUGCAUGUCCUGGCUUAGUCACCAGGUGGUGCUCCUCUCCUGCACUUUGAAUACUUUUUGUCCGAGCAUUUUUUUUAAUUAUUUUUUUUAGUUGACAGCGCUGUUAGCUGGACUGGUGCAACACCUGACUCCCACUUUUGUGUGCUCACUGGUCAUCAAAGGACAGGGGGGAGCUUCGUAAUGCUGGUGGAUUUUGGCUCUUCAAAUUGUUUUGUAGUAACUUCAGGAAGGAAAACUAAAUGUGCAGCCGUUCCUGCAGUUUGUGGCGAGGUUGCAGUUAUGUAUGUUAUAUACUGAUAUGGCAGUGGUUGGCUUUUCCCUCUUCUGUCUGUACCGUGCUGUGCUGUUCUCCUGUGUUUCUCUAGUGCUGUUAUCAAGACUUUACUGAUUCAUUUGGUUACACCCCUCCACCUUUCUAUUAUUUUUGUUUUUAUUUGGUUUUGCUCCUGACAUGAUUAACAAUAAUCGUAAUUGUUUGACAUUCAACAAACAAAGAGGUGACUGCCCUUCUCAAGUUGAGACCUGACUGUAAAUGCUUUCUUUGUUCUUGGAGGAACUGCAAAAGUCUUUUUACACUUCCUUUUUUAUAUAUAUAUUUAUAGUCUCUAAAGCUGGGGGUGUGGGCAGGUUCGGAGGAUUCACAUGUAAAGAAUUUCCAAUAAAGGCUAUGGACGAAGACCGUAGUUCUCCCUGUUUUAUUUGUGUUGAGCUGAUGAACGCCCCCCCCCAGGUCCGACAGACAGACAUCACUGCCAUCUGUAAACCUUGUAAUAUGACAAUGAACAGGGAGGAAAACUGGCCAGCCGUGACUACAGACUGAUGUCUAAUUUUACUUUUUAAUAAAAUCUCAAACAGUU